UUUUCAAGAUUGUCAUUGUGAAUCUUUGUGUGAAGAAAAAACUAUAAGAAAAUGUUCUCGUUUAACCAUCUUCAGGUUUCAACCUGUACUUUUCUAGUGCUUUUAAUUAUUGGUAUGUCUUCGGCACUCUCGUUAAGAAAAGAACAGACGAAGAGAAGCGUUACAGGACCUGCUAUAUUAAGCGAAACUGAAUUUAAAGUAAAUCAUCCUUACAUUGAACAGUUCGCACAUCGUGGUCUUGCAAAAUACGCAAUGGACAAGUCCUAUAAACCAAUUAUUGUAAAAAUUAAUAGUGCUAGGGUACAACAUGUGGCAGGAUUGCUCUUCAAAAUAAAUGUUACAUUUGGAGAAACCAAUUGCGCCAAGGGACAGGAAACUAAUUGCGAACUGAAAGAAAAUGGCAAAUCUGAAACCUGCAUCGUCGAAGCAUUGUCCCAAACUUGGAUAGAUCAGGCGAAAAUUACUGUUAUUUGUCCAUAGAUAGAUUUGAGUUCACUUUAAUCAUCAUCGAGAAGCUGUGUUCAGAAAAAAUUUUCUACGUUUGAAACAAAUUAAUUAUUAUAUUCUACUAUCAUUAUACUAAUAUUUUAUUAUAUUAAACAAAAAUUUUAAAUAAAAUUACUUGACGUUUUCAAAAAUA